CGGCCACCGGCGAGGAAAGCGCGCCCGUACCGCUCGAUCGCUUGUCGGGGGGUUGCGUGCUCGCAAAAUGCACAGCACCCGUGGCUCUUGCAGCAGCGCAAACGAAAAACAGCCAAAGCUUAUUGUGUUCGACUUGGGAAUAAAGAACCAUUUCAUCCGUCAGCGUGGCAUUGCGAAACAUGAUCGAUAGGGGAGGCCACUACUUCACGUUGUGGCCUAUCUUUGUGGAUGUACACGUCACACCUCCAUUUAAAAAAGACAAUGGUGAGAUCACUGACAGACAUGGACGAAAGGUUUCCCCAUACCCAGGUGUCCCAGCAAUGUUGGAAAAACUAAAGUCACAGAAGUUCCAAAUGGGCUUGGCAUCAAGGACUGAUGACCCAGAUGCUGCGAAGGAGCUCAUAGCAGCACUUGAUUGGAAUAAGUACUUCCCGUAUCAGGAAAUUUACCCUGGCCGUAAAGUGACCCACUUCAAAAAGUUUGCGCAGCGAACAGGUUUUUCUUACAAAAAUAUGCUGUUUUUUGAUGAUGAGAUGCGAAACAUCACUGAUGUUUCUAAGCUUGGUGUCAUAUGUGUCCACGUCAAGGAUGGAAUGUCUCAGGAAGUUCUUGAUGAAGGUCUAAGAAGGUUUGAAAAUGAAACAUGAAUUGCAGGGUCAUCUUGGCCUGUUCCACUGACUUCUACAUUUAAAACAAAGCUGGGAAGCUGUGAAAAGUUUUGAUUAAUAUUUGCUUUUCUUGACUGUGGUCUAUAAACUGUUCUUAAAAAGA